GUGUUGGUCGAAAUCCAUCAAACAGCGUACUGUACGUUCGUGAAUUCAAGCGAAUUGCGCGCAACGUGCGGUGUCGUUCACACUGCAUGCUUUGGACAGGAGGAAGGCUAAUCAAUACAAUCGUGAAAAGCGGGGAAAAGUUCAUUGAAUUUUUACAGAGAGAUGUUGUUAUAAUCGUGUGCAAACCAAGGCAAUUUUCAUUACAAAGCAGUUAUCCUGGACGUGGAGCAGGAGUUGUGAGUCGCCAUGGCAGCUGCCUUCCCAUAUAGAGGGGUACCAGGUGGAAUGCCCCCAGGUAUCCAUCCCCCAGCCCAGGUUCCAGACUACAUGUCUGAGGAAAAACUGCAAGAGAAAGCCAGAAAAUGGCAGCAGUUGCAGGCAAAGCGCUACUCUGAGAAGAGGAAGUUUGGGUUUGUUGACGCCCAGAAGGAGGACAUGCCACCUGAGCACGUCCGUAAGAUCAUCAGGGACCACGGUGACAUGACCAACAGGAAAUUCCGUCACGACAAGAGGGUAUACCUGGGAGCUCUGAAGUACAUGCCCCACGCGGUGCUGAAGCUACUGGAGAACAUGCCCAUGCCCUGGGAGCAGAUCAGAGACGUGCCUGUCCUAUACCACAUCACUGGAGCCAUCUCCUUCGUCAACGAGAUCCCCUGGGUCAUAGAGCCUGUCUACAUCGCCCAGUGGGGCGCCAUGUGGAUCAUGAUGCGUCGUGAGAAGAGGGACCGUCGUCACUUCAAGCGUAUGCGCUUCCCUCCUUUUGACGAUGAGGAACCUCCCCUGGACUACGCUGAUAACAUCCUGGAUGUGGAGCCACUGGAGGCCAUCCAGAUGGAGCUGGAUGCAGAAGAGGACUCCUCCGUGGCUGAGUGGCUCUACGAACACCAGCCCCUCAAGGACGCCAACAAGUAUGUGAACGGGACCACGUACAGGCGUUGGCAGUUCACCCUGCCCAUGAUGUCCACGCUGUACCGUCUGGCCAACCAGCUGCUGACUGACCUGGUGGACUACAACUAUUUCUACCUGUUUGACCUGAAGGCCUUCUUCACCUCCAAGGCCCUCAACAUGGCCAUCCCCGGGGGACCUAAGUUUGAACCCCUAGUUAGGGACAUCAACCUCCAAGAUGAAGACUGGAACGAGUUCAACGACAUCAACAAGAUCAUCAUCAGACAGCCAAUCAGGACGGAGUACAAGAUUGCCUUCCCAUACCUGUACAACAACCUUCCCCACCACGUUCACCUCACCUGGUACCACACUCCCAAUGUGGUGUUCAUCAAGACUGAGGAUCCUGAUUUGCCAGCGUUUUACUUUGACCCCCUGAUCAACCCCAUCUCCCACAGACACUCAGUCAAGAGUCAGGAGCCUCUGCCAGAGGAUGACGAAGAGUUUGAGCUUCCAGAGUACGUGGAGCCCUUCCUGAAGGAGACACCCCUCUACACAGACAACACAGCCAAUGGAAUCGCUCUGCUCUGGGCACCACGCCCCUUCAACUUGCGCUCUGGGAGGACCAGGCGGGCCAUCGACAUCCCACUCAUCAAGAACUGGUAUCGUGAGCAUUGCCCAGCCGGCCAGCCAGUGAAGGUGCGGGUGUCUUACCAGAAACUGCUCAAGUACUAUGUACUCAACGCUCUCAAACACAGACCACCCAAGGCCCAGAAGAAGAGGUACUUGUUUCGUUCCUUUAAAGCCACCAAGUUCUUCCAGUCAACUAAGCUGGACUGGGUGGAGGUGGGCCUGCAGGUGUGCAGACAGGGAUACAACAUGCUGAACCUGCUCAUCCACCGCAAGAACCUCAACUACCUGCACCUGGAUUACAACUUCAACCUCAAGCCUGUCAAGACCCUCACCACGAAGGAACGUAAGAAGUCCAGGUUCGGGAAUGCCUUCCAUCUGUGCAGAGAGGUGCUGCGUCUCAGCAAGCUGGUGGUGGACAGCCACGUGCAGUACAGACUGGGCAACGUGGAUGCUUUCCAGUUGGCAGACGGGCUGCAGUACAUCUUUGCCCACGUGGGCCAGCUGACUGGCAUGUACCGCUACAAGUACAAGCUGAUGAGACAAAUCCGGAUGUGCAAGGACCUCAAGCACCUCAUCUACUACCGCUUCAACACUGGUCCAGUGGGUAAGGGUCCAGGCUGUGGGUUCUGGGCACCAGGAUGGAGAGUGUGGCUGUUCUUUAUGAGGGGCAUCACCCCUCUGCUGGAGAGAUGGCUGGGCAACCUGCUGGCCAGGCAGUUUGAAGGUCGUCACUCCAAGGGCGUGGCGAAGACUGUGACGAAGCAGCGUGUGGAGUCCCACUUUGACCUGGAGCUGCGUGCGGCCGUGAUGCACGACAUCCUGGACAUGAUGCCUGAGGGCAUCAAGCAGAACAAGGCCAGAACCAUCCUGCAGCACCUCUCUGAGUCCUGGCGCUGCUGGAAGGCCAACAUCCCCUGGAAGGUCCCAGGCCUGCCCACACCCAUCGAGAACAUGAUCCUACGCUACGUGAAGGCCAAAGCUGAUU